GCGCCAGGCCGGGGCCCGCGGCGGCUCCGCUGCACCGGCACCGUGAGUUCGUUUUGGAAGUGGCUCAGUGCGCAGAUUGCACGGAUAUCCAGAGUGCUGAGAGCCCAGUUUGGGGCAGCCAUGGAGGAUUCCUCAGAGGCCAGCAAGGCUGCGGAUGCCAACGCUCACUCGCGCUUCAUCAUCGGCUCCGUGUCCGAGGACAACUCUGAGGAUGAGACCAGCUCCCUGGUGAAGCUGGACCUGCUGGAGGAGAAGGAGAGGUCCCUGUCCCCUGCCUCAGUCUGCUCUGACUCCCUCUCGGACCUGGGGCUCCCCAACGCUCAGGAUGGCCUGGCCAGCCACAUGAGGCCCAGCAUGUCUGGUUUGCACCUUGUCAAGCAGGGCCGGGACAGGAAGAAGGUGGAUGUGCAGCGGGAUUUCACCGUGGCUUCUCCAGCGGAGUUUGUGACUCGCUUUGGAGGCAAUAAAGUUAUUGAGAAGGUGCUGAUAGCCAACAAUGGCAUUGCAGCAGUGAAGUGCAUGAGGUCCAUCCGCCGCUGGUCCUACGAGAUGUUCAGGAACGAGAGGGCCAUCAGGUUCGUGGUCAUGGUCACCCCUGAGGACCUCAAAGCCAAUGCAGAGUACAUUAAAAUGGCAGAUCACUACGUGCCCGUGCCAGGAGGACCCAACAACAACAACUAUGCAAACGUGGAGCUCAUCCUGGACAUUGCCAAGAGGAUCCCAGUGCAGGCUGUGUGGGCUGGCUGGGGCCAUGCAUCAGAGAACCCCAAACUGCCAGAACUUCUCCACAAAAACGGGAUUGCAUUCAUGGGUCCUCCCAGCCAAGCCAUGUGGGCCUUAGGAGAUAAAAUUGCCUCUUCCAUCGUGGCUCAGACUGCUGGCAUCCCAACUCUUCCCUGGAGUGGCAGUGGGCUGCGAGUGGACUGGCAGGAGAACGACCUCCAGAAGCGCAUCCUGAGCGUUCCCCAGGAGCUCUACGAGAAGGGCUACGUCAGGGACGCUGAUGAUGGCCUCAGGGCUGCUGAGGAGGUUGGCUACCCUGUCAUGAUCAAGGCCUCUGAAGGAGGAGGAGGAAAAGGGAUCAGGAAAGUGAACAAUGCAGAUGACUUCCCCAACCUGUUCAGACAGGUUCAGACAGAGGUGCCAGGCUCCCCCAUCUUUGUGAUGAGGCUGGCCAAGCAGUCCAGGCACCUGGAGGUGCAGAUCCUGGCAGACCAGUACGGCAACGCCAUCUCGCUCUUCGGCCGCGACUGCUCCGUGCAGCGCCGCCACCAGAAGAUCAUCGAGGAGGCCCCAGCCUCCAUUGCCACCUCUGCAGUGUUUGAGCACAUGGAGCAGUGUGCAGUGAAGCUUGCCAAGAUGGUGGGAUACGUGAGUGCAGGCACUGUGGAGUACCUGUACAGCCAGGAUGGCAGCUUCUACUUCCUGGAGCUGAACCCACGGCUGCAGGUGGAGCAUCCCUGCACUGAGAUGGUGGCAGAUGUCAACCUGCCAGCAGCACAGCUCCAGAUUGCCAUGGGGAUCCCCCUGCACAGGAUCAAGGACAUCAGGGUGAUGUAUGGAGUUUCCCCCUGGGGGGACACAACCAUUGACUUUGAGAACUCGGCCCACGUGCCCAGCCCUCGUGGGCACGUCAUCGCUGCCCGCAUCACCAGCGAGAACCCUGACGAGGGGUUCAAGCCCAGCUCUGGCACAGUCCAGGAGCUGAAUUUCCGCAGCAAUAAGAAUGUCUGGGGCUAUUUCAGCGUGGCUGCUGCAGGAGGGCUCCACGAGUUUGCUGAUUCCCAGUUUGGCCACUGCUUCUCCUGGGGGGAGAACCGUGAGGAGGCCAUCUCGAACAUGGUGGUGGCUCUGAAGGAGCUGUCCAUCCGAGGGGACUUCAGGACCACUGUGGAAUACCUGAUCAAGCUGCUGGAGACAGAGAGCUUCCAGCAGAACCGCAUCGACACGGGCUGGCUGGACCGGCUCAUCGCUGAGAAAGUGCAGGCUGAGAGGCCUGACACCAUGCUGGGGGUGGUGUGUGGGGCCCUGCACGUGGCUGACGUGAGCUUCCGAAACAGCGUCUCCAACUUCCUGCACUCCCUGGAAAGGGGCCAGGUCCUCCCUGCUCACACUCUGCUCAACACGGUGGACGUGGAGCUCAUCUACGAGGGACGGAAAUACGUGCUGAAGGUGACCAGGCAGUCUCCCAACUGCUACGUGGUGAUCAUGAACAGCUCCUGCGUGGAGGUGGACGUGCACCGCCUGAGCGACGGCGGGCUGCUGCUCUCCUACGACGGCAGCAGCUACACCACCUACAUGAAGGAGGAAGUGGACAGGUACCGCAUCACCAUUGGGAACAAGACCUGUGUGUUUGAGAAGGAGAACGAUCCCUCCAUCCUGCGCUCCCCCUCCGCGGGGAAGCUGAUCCAGUAUGUGGUGGAGGAUGGGGGACACGUGUUUGCAGGCCAGUGCUUUGCAGAAAUUGAGGUGAUGAAAAUGGUGAUGACCAUAACAGCAGGGGAGUCAGGCUGCAUCCACUAUGUCAAACGCCCGGGGGCAGUCCUGGACCCAGGCUGUGUGAUUGCCAAGCUGCAGCUGGAUGAUCCCAGCAGGGUUCAGCAGGCUGAGCUGCACACAGGAACCCUGCCCCAGAUCCAGAGCACAGCCCUGCGGGGUGAGAAGCUCCACCGCAUCUUCCACUACGUGCUGGACAACCUGGUGAACGUGAUGAAUGGCUACUGCCUGCCAGAGCCCUUCUUCAGCAGCAAGGUGAAGGGCUGGGUUGAGAGGUUGAUGAAGACCCUGAGGGAUCCCUCUUUGCCCCUGCUGGAGCUCCAGGACAUCAUGACCAGCGUUUCUGGGAGGAUCCCACCCAACGUGGAGAAGUCCAUCAAGAAGGAGAUGGCGCAGUAUGCCAGCAACAUCACCUCGGUGCUCUGCCAGUUCCCCAGCCAGCAGAUUGCCAACAUCCUGGACAGCCACGCGGCCACGCUGAACCGCAAGUCGGAGCGCGAGGUUUUCUUCAUGAACACGCAGAGCAUCGUGCAGCUGGUGCAGAGGUACCGCAGUGGCAUUCGGGGCCACAUGAAGGCCGUGGUGAUGGAUCUGCUCCGGCAGUACCUCAAGGUGGAGACUCAGUUCCAGCACGGUCACUAUGACAAGUGUGUCUUCACCCUUCGUGAGGAGAACAAGAGUGACAUGAACGCCGUGCUCAACUACAUCUUCUCCCACGCCCAGGUCACCAAGAAGAACCUGCUGGUCACCAUGCUCAUUGACCAGCUGUGUGGCCGUGACCCCACGCUGACAGACGAGCUGAUCAAUAUCCUGACAGAGCUGACCCAGCUCAGCAAGACGACCAACGCCAAGGUGGCGCUGAGGGCGCGGCAGGUGCUCAUUGCCUCCCACCUGCCCUCCUACGAGCUGCGCCACAACCAGGUGGAGUCCAUCUUCCUGUCUGCCAUCGACAUGUACGGCCACCAGUUCUGCAUUGAGAACCUGCAGAAACUCAUUUUGUCUGAGACAUCCAUCUUUGAUGUGCUUCCCAACUUCUUCUACCACAGUAACCAGGUGGUGAGAAUGGCAGCUUUGGAGGUGUACGUGAGGAGAGCCUACAUUGCCUACGAGCUGAACAGCGUGCAGCACCGCCAGCUGAAGGACAACACCUGCGUGGUGGAGUUCCAGUUCAUGCUGCCCACCUCCCACCCCAACAGAGGGAACAUCCCCACCCUGAACAGGAUGUCCUUCUCCUCCAACCUCAACCACUAUGGGAUGGCUCACGUGGCCAGCGUCAGCGACGUGCUGCUGGACAACUCCUUCACGCCGCCGUGCCAGCGCAUGGGCGGCAUGGUCUCCUUCCGCACCUUCGAGGACUUCGUCAGGAUCUUUGAUGAAGUCAUGGGAUGCUUCUGCGACUCUCCCCCGCAGAGCCCCACGUUCCCCGAGGCCGGCCACGCUUCCCUCUAUGAUGAGGACAAGAGUGCCCGGGAGGAGCCCAUCCACAUCCUCAACGUGGCCAUCAAAACCGACGGCGACGUGGACGACGACGGCCUGGCUGCCAUGUUCAGGGAGUUCACCCAGAGCAAGAAAUCAGUCCUGAUUGAGCAUGGCAUUCGGAGGCUGACGUUCCUUGUGGCACAAAAGGACUUCAGGAAACAGGUCAACUAUGAGGUGGACCAGAGAUUCCAUAGGGAGUUCCCCAAGUUCUUCACCUUCCGUGCCCGGGAUAAGUUUGAGGAGGACAGGAUCUACAGGCACCUGGAGCCUGCCCUGGCCUUCCAGCUGGAGCUGAACCGCAUGAGGAACUUUGACCUGACGGCCAUCCCCUGUGCCAACCACAAGAUGCACCUCUACCUGGGGGCUGCCAAGGUGGAGGUGGGCACAGAGGUCACAGACUACAGGUUCUUCGUCAGGGCCAUCAUAAGGCACUCGGACCUGGUCACCAAGGAAGCCUCCUUUGAGUACCUGCAGAACGAGGGUGAGCGUUUGCUGCUGGAGGCCAUGGACGAGCUGGAGGUGGCCUUCAACAACACCAACGUGCGCACGGACUGCAACCACAUCUUCCUCAACUUCGUGCCCACCGUCAUCAUGGACCCCUCCAAGAUCGAGGAGUCGGUGCGCUCCAUGGUGAUGCGCUACGGCAGCCGCCUGUGGAAGCUGCGGGUGCUGCAGGCCGAGCUGAAGAUCAACAUCCGCCUGACGCCCACGGGCAAGGCCAUCCCCAUCCGCCUCUUCCUCACCAACGAGUCGGGCUACUACCUGGACAUCAGCCUCUACAAGGAGGUGACAGACUCCAGGACGGGCCAGAUCAUGUUCCAGGCGUAUGGAGACAAGCAGGGGCCGCUCCACGGGAUGCUGAUCAACACUCCCUACGUGACCAAGGACCUGCUGCAGUCCAAGAGGUUCCAGGCACAGACCUUGGGGACAUCCUAUGUCUAUGACAUUCCUGAGAUGUUCAGGCAGUCUCUGAUCAAGCUGUGGAACUCCAUGAGCGAGCACGCCGUCCUGCCCCCAGCGCCGCUGCCCUCGGACAUCCUGACCUACACGGAGCUGGUGCUGGAUGACCAGGGCCAGCUCGUGCACAUGAACAGGCUGCCAGGAGGAAACGAGAUCGGCAUGGUGGCCUGGAAGAUGACCCUGAAGACCCCCGAGUACCCGGAGGGCCGGGAUAUCAUUGUCAUAGGCAACGACAUCACGUACAAGAUCGGCUCCUUUGGGCCCCAGGAGGACGUGCUGUUCCUCAGGGCCUCGGAGCUGGCCCGGGCCCAGGGCAUCCCCCGCAUCUACGUGGCUGCCAACAGCGGGGCCAGGAUCGGGCUGGCCGAGGAGAUCCGGCACAUGUUCCACGUGGCCUGGGAGGACCCCGACAACCCCUACAAGGGAUACAAAUACCUGUACCUGACUCCUCAAGACUACAAGAAAGUCAGUGCCUUGAACUCUGUUCACUGUGAGCACGUGGAGGAAAAUGGAGAGUCCAGGUACAAGAUAACGGAUAUUAUCGGCAAGGAGGACGGGCUUGGAGUAGAGAACCUCAGAGCAUCUGGCAUGAUUGCUGGAGAAUCAUCUUUAGCCUAUGAUAGUGUUAUCACCAUCAGCUUGGUGACGUGUCGGGCGAUCGGGAUCGGGGCCUACAUCGUGCGGCUGGGCCAGAGAACCAUCCAGGUGGAGAACUCCCACAUCAUCCUCACGGGCUGUGGGGCCCUCAACAAGGUGCUUGGACGGGAAGUUUACACCUCCAACAACCAGCUGGGAGGGAUCCAGAUCAUGCACAACAACGGGGUGACCCAUGGCACUGUGUGUGAUGACUUUGAAGGGGUCUACACCAUUCUGCAGUGGCUUUCCUACAUGCCAAAGAACAUCCACAGCCCUGUGCCCAUCCUGAAGGCCAAGGACCCCAUAGACAGGACCAUUGACUUUGUUCCCACCAAGGCCCCCUACGACCCUCGCUGGAUGCUGGCUGGACGCCCCAACCCAAAUCAGAAAGGGCAGUGGCUGAGUGGCUUCUUUGACCAUGGCUCAUUCAUGGAGAUCAUGCAGCCCUGGGCACAGACAGUGGUGGUGGGGAGAGCAAGGCUGGGAGGAAUACCUGUAGGAGUGGUUGCUGUGGAAACGAGGACGGUGGAGCUCAGCAUUCCUGCUGAUCCUGCAAACCUGGACUCGGAGGCCAAGAUAAUCCAGCAGGCUGGGCAGGUGUGGUUCCCUGACUCUGCCUUCAAAACAGCCCAGGCAAUCAAGGACUUCAACAGGGAAGGGCUGCCCCUGAUGGUCUUUGCCAACUGGAGAGGCUUCUCUGGGGGAAUGAAAGACAUGUAUGACCAGGUGCUGAAGUUUGGCGCGUACAUCGUGGACGGCCUGCGCGAGUACCGGCAGCCGGUGCUGGUGUACAUCCCGCCGCAGGGCGAGCUGCGCGGCGGCUCCUGGGUGGUCAUCGACCCCACCAUCAACCCCAGGCACAUGGAGAUGUACGCUGACAGGGACAGCAGGGGAGGGAUCCUGGAGCCCGAGGGCACGGUGGAGAUCCGGUUCCGCAGGAAGGACCUGGUGAAGACCAUGCGCAGGGUGGACCCCGUGUACAUGCGCCUGGCCGAGCGCCUGGGCACCCCCGAGCUGAGCCCGGCCGACAGGAAGGAGCUGGAGGCCAAGCUGAAGGAGAGGGAGGAGUUCCUGGUGCCCAUCUACCAGCAGGUGGCCAUGCAGUUCGCUGACCUGCACGACACCCCCGGCAGGAUGCAGGAGAAAGGAGCCAUAACCGACGUCCUGGACUGGAAAACCUCGCGCACGUUUUUCUACUGGCGGCUGCGGCGGCUGCUGCUGGAGGAGGCCGUGAAGAGCAAGAUCCACGAGGCCAACCCCGAGCUGACGGACGGGCAGAUCCAGGCCAUGCUGCGCCGCUGGUUCGUCGAGGUGGAGGGCACGGUGAAGGCCUACCUGUGGGACAGCAACAAGGACCUGGUGGAGUGGCUGGAGAAGCAGCUGACGGAGGAGGAGGGCGUUCGCUCGGUGGUGGAGGAGAACAUCAAAUACAUCUCCAGGGAUUAUGUGCUCAAGCAGAUCAGGAGCCUGGUGCAGGCCAACCCCGAGGUUGCCAUGGAUUCCAUCGUGCACAUGACCCAGCACAUGUCCCCCACGCAGCGGGCCGAGGUGGUGCGGAUCCUCUCCACAAUGGACUCUCCCUCCUCCACGUAAGAGCCGGGGCUGCUCCCGGCCCUGCCCGGGGUGGGAACUGCCCUUGGUGUGCUCGGGAGGCUCCGGGAGCUGCUGCAGGGACACCUGGACUGUUGCAGACCAGAGGGAGCGCGUCCUUUGGCAGGGACACGAGGCAAACGUACACACACGAG